GCCUUUUGCACCUCCCUCAUUUGUAGCACAACAGCCAUUUCGGUACCUAGUUACCUUCUCUCGCCCAGAAGGCGCAUGAUCCAUUUCAAACAUUAUGUCCCCAAGUGCAACUCCAAUACCGCCCCCGCCACCACCAGCACCAGUUAAUGUAUGGGCGGAUAGAAUAUGCAUCAAGGGCGAACCAUUGAUCCAAGAGCUUCGCUGGCCACACCGCCUUCUCCAUGUCGACACAAUGACAUCGCACGUCAGGACCGGCGCCGACACCUACAAUGACGUCGUCGCACCGCGGUACAAUGUGCUCAGCUACACCUGGGGCUACUACCAGGACCGAUCAAAGACUCCUGGGCCAGCCCUUGACGUACGUGGGGUUGACUGGCCUAUACCGCCCAUUCUAAAGAAACACUUUACCGUCGCCGCCUUCCAAAAGGCCAUCCAGCGGGCAACAUCGUGCUUCGACAACCAUGGGGUCAGCACAGGGCGCUGCGAUUGGUUGUGGGUGGACGUCGCGUGCAUCCCACAGGAGCACGAGGGGGAAGACGCAGAAGCCAAGGAGCUGCGCCAGCAGGAGAUCGCGAAGCAGGUCGAGAUCUUCAAACGCGCUGACACGGCCUUUGCUUGGCUGUGCUCCCUCCGGAAGCCGAAGGGGAGUUCCCGUGGCCGUCGCAGGCCCCGUAGCCACCGUGCCAAGACGCGUCGCUUCCGCCGUCGCAGCCUGCAUCGCCGCCGCCGCCUUCUGCGUCAAGAGUUGCCCCUCGUAACACUCUUGGAGAUCGUGCGGUUUGUCAACCGCCACGUCGGCGGGUUUCCGGACAAGCGUGCGGCCAAACAAUUCCUGCAUAAGCUAGAUAUGCGCUCGGAAAGGCUCUCGGCCUGGCAGAGCAGCAUCCUAGAACACCCGUGGUUUAAAUCCCUAUGGACGCUUCAAGAAAUGGUGCUUCGCCCAAAUGCCCAUUGUCUGUUCGAAGAUGGCGUCCUCCGGCUUCCCAUGGAUGGACCUUUCAACUUUCAUAACAUGAACCAUGACAUGGGUACCCUGAGCGACAUCUUCGUACCGCCAAAUACGAUGAUUCAGCGUCUUCUUUCGGACGCCGAAACGAUGUUUGCCCAGAGGUGCCGACGACGUGGCGGAGUCCCCGCUACAAAAGCAAUCAAAGCGGGGCGAGCAGUAACGAGCAAAAUUUUCGAACGUUUCUCAAAACUGUUCGCGCUGAUGGACGCCAAAGGCCUGGACUGCCUUGGCAUCGAGUUUCCGCACUACGCCUACUCGAGCGCACAGCACCGUAGGGUGAGCAGACGCGUCGACCGCAUCUAUGGAAUCGUACAGACCUACGGCAUAGCGUGCGGGGCACGCCGGGCGGGCUUUCCCGAACAGCUUGAAGAGAUUGCGGAGCUGCACUCGCUCGAAGACGAGUUCGGGGAGAAGCUAGUGACCAAAGCGCCGCUGCUUUCACAGAUCUUCAUCCACAGCCGGACUCGGGAGCAGGGCCCGCCCCGGCGGAGCUGGCUGAUCACGCAGAACUGCAAGGUCAACGACUUCUUCUGGCAGUCGUUCACGUCCAGUUACCAGGUGCAAAAUCUCUUUUCCACCUUCGAGACCAGACGGGAGAGUAUCGGCGGAGAUUUACGUCUUCGGUUUAGGGGUCUCGCUUGGCAGCUCGACGAAUUCGUUCAGGUAGUCUCACAAAGCUCUUGCCUGAUGUCGGAGAUCAGCAGGAAGGGUUUAUUUUCCCCGGUGAACAUCGGGCUAUCAUCCAGGUACCGUGGUUUAAUGCUUGACCACCACGUAUCGAGGAUGGUGCUCGGACAGGUGGUGGACUACUUCCACAACUACGACGAGAUGACCUCGGCCGUCCGCGCCCUUUACCAGCACUACUGCGGAAAAGAUCGCACCGAAGGAGACGGAACCGUACGGUCGAUACAUCUCAGCUGGAUCAGAGUGUGUCUUCUUGGAUCCGGUGGUAUUAAAAACACGCCGAUUCGGUCUUACGUCGGCAUCGUGCUGGCGCCUGCUUCAGAAACUACAUGGCAACGUAUUGGGCUGAUGAGAUGGGUCGAGUUUUAUUCGCAGGAAGACUGCGAGCCCUACUCGUUCCUUCCUCUAGCGGACAGGGUCGAAUGUAGUAUCAUAUGAUAGUGACACUUGAGCCCGUAUAUGCACAAAAGUCGGGCCCAGACAGCCUUUCCCAUAAUCAUAUUUGAAAUACGGCCGAGCCCGUCUGACAUGGCAGGCAGCACAAGUUGCUGAGGAGGUCACCAGGGGGUAAGUAGAAAUAAGCGAUGAAUGCUAGAGCAGAGAUAGAACAUAAAGCGGUAAAUCGAUGAGGAUCAACAUGCUACUGUUACGAGAGUGG